GUUUUAUUUCGCAAUUUCUCAUUUGCAUAUUACUGACCUUGAAUUUUUUCCUUUUUAUGUAACACUGCUUUGCACGAUACAUUGAAACCAGUUUCCUUAACGAAAGUUAAGGUUCAUUCAGUGAGAAUUACAGAUUUCUUUUAGACAUGUAGGCAAUAAUUCCACCUCCUCUCCAAUCAUAUUAUUUCUUCGUAAAUCAAGCCAAUAACGUUAAUCAUUUUUUCAUUAAAAUAAAUUUCUCUAUGAUCUAAAAGCACAUCUAAUGCUCGGAUGUUUGAUAUCCCGUUUCUAUUUACAGUUGCUGCAUAUUUUAAACUGCAUACAUUCAAGUAGUUUUAAAUAAACUUGCAUCCGAGAAAUUAGUUUUAUACAUGUUUGUUACAAGUGUUAAAAAAAUAUAUAGAAUAAUAUAUUUUAAAAUGGAGCAUAUGUAUAUUCUUCUUCUAAGUUCUCUUUGCAGAAGCGUAGUGACCUCUUUUAUAUAUCUGUAUUGCGCAUGCUGUUUGUACCUAUAGUUUGACGCCAGUUAUGAACGGCAUACUAGCAUUUAAAGAGGUGCUCUUGGCAAAGAUACUCUCAGUGGUUUGCCAUUGCUUUCCGAGAGGAGACACGAGCGUCAUUACGAAACUUUUGGAAGGUUUGGGAUUAUAUAGUACUCCUUCACGAAUAUUAAAAAUGAUAAGACAUCGAGGUAACUUGAGUUUGCUCAGCUGCGUUGUAUUCUUCGCGUUCAGCGCGGUGCAUGCCGGUGCACCGAUUGUACGUACGCGGAAUGGCACGUUGGCGGGUUUAAUGAUGCAAACCAGACAAGGAAAAGAUUUCGUCGGAUUCCGAGGAAUUCCCUACGCCAUACCACCUCUCGGCGAACUCAGAUUCCAGCCGCCGAAGCCUGCGGCCGCUUGGGACGGCGUACGAUCCGCUAAGGACGACGCCGAGAUAUGCGUGCAGCGGAACUACUUAACGAAUCAAGAAGAAGUCGUAGGCGUCGAGGAUUGCCUUUACCUAAACGUCUACACACCUAAAGUACCAUCGGACGAGGAAGCGGCAACGUUCCACCGGUUUCCGGUUAUGAUCUGGUUUCACGGUGGCGGAUGGUUCACCGGUGCCGGUCACUCCUUUUUUUACGGACCCAAGUUUUUGUUGGACCACGAUGUCGUUCUGGUCACCGGGAACUAUCGACUUGGAUCGCUGGGUUUCUUGAGCACGGAGGACAUGGAAUGCCCAGGUAAUGUAGGCAUGAAGGAUCAGGUGCAAAUCAUUCGAUGGGUGCACGAGAACAUUGUCUUCUUCGGCGGUGAUCCGAAUAGAGUGACCAUCUUCGGUGAAAGCGCGGGCGGUGCAAGCGUGCAUUAUCACAUGAUAAGUCCUCUCUCUCAAGGUCUUUUCCAUCGUGGAAUUGCUGAGAGCGGCACAGCUUAUUGCCCGUGGGCGUUUAUAAGGCCAGGAUUGGCAAAAAAAAAUGCUAAUAUCAUGGGUGAACAUUUAAACUGUCCUACUGAAAGCUCCAAAGAACUGAUCGCUUGUUUACGUACGAAGAAAGCCACCGACAUUAUUGACACCGAUCGCGUUUUCCGGAUCUUCAGUUACGAUCCGAUAGUAUCUUUCGCACCGGUGAUCGAGCCCAAUCAUCCAGGUGCCUUUUUAACGGAAGAUCCUAUAAUCUCUACGAAACACGGUCGAAUCGCUGAUAUACCUUGGAUGUUGGGAGUCACAUCUGAAGAAGGAACCCUAAGAGUACCAGCUCUUCACAAUUGGGACAAUGGUGAACAAGUGAAGAAAUUGAAUAAGGAAUAUAAAAAGAUAAUGCCUAUCACUUUGAUGUACGAGAACACAUGUCCUAAAUCUAUACAAAACGAUGUGUCCAGCAAGAUCCGCGAGUUUUACUUCGGUGAUCGUGCCAUUGACAUAUCCACCACAUUCCAAACCAUUGACAUGUAUAGCGACUCUUUGUUUAUUCACCCGGUUUACAAAUCUGUACGAGAUUAUCUCGAUACUCAAUCCUCACCUAUUUAUUUUUAUUACUUUACGUACAAAGGAACCUCGUCCUAUUCCAAAUUAUUCGGCGGUUCUACCACUGAUUACGGAGUUUCACACGCGGACGAAUUGCAAUAUCUGUUCCCGGUGGGUGAACAAUUAUUCCCAGAUGUACCGUUGUCUAAAGAAGAUCAUCGUAUAAUCGAUGUCAUGACCAGCCUCUGGUUCAAUUUUGCAAAUUCCGAGAAUCCGACGCCAAAGAUUACAAAGACAAUUCCCGCAAAGUGGAAUUCGGUGAAAACGUCGAACGAUUUCAAAUAUUUGUACAUAGCAAAAUCAAAAUUUGUCAUGAAGAAAGGUUUCCUCCCGGAGAGAAUGAAAUUUUGGGAUAGUUUGCCGGUGUAUGCGGAUCCUAAAAUGAAACAGAAAGUUAAGGAGGAGUUAUAAAUUAAAUCAUACUUGUAAUUAUAUACAAAUGUAAUCAUAUAUACAUGCAAUGAUAUGUAAGUAGUUA